CUCUGCCGGUCCGACUAUGGCGCGGGUGCUGAUCGUAGGCGCUGGGCUGACUGGCGGUUUGGUGGCUGCGCUUUUGCGCAGGGCGCUUCCCCGGCGCCCCCUGCAAAUCGUGGUGUGGGAUAAGGCCCGGGGGGCAGGGGGAAGAAUGUCCACGAGCCGAAGCAAUCACGAUCCGAAAUGCACGGCAGAUCUAGGAGCUCAGUAUAUCACGCAGGAACCCGAAUAUGCUAAAAAACAUCAAAGCUUUUAUGAAGAACUGUUGUCUCACGGAGUGCUGAAGCCAGUGACAGCUAUAAUAGAAGGGAUGGCAGUAAAGGAAGGAGUGAAGAAUUUUGUAACACCUCAGGGAAUUUCAUCCAUUGUCAAGCAUUAUUUAAACAACUCAGGAGCUGAGAUCUUCUUUGAGCACCGUGUUACUGAGAUCUGUCUCAAGGACGGGAAGUGGGAAGUCUGCAACAGUACAGGCCUCUUGGAUCAGUUUGAUAUUGUUAUUCUCACAGUUCCCGUUCCACAAAUUCUUCAGCUUCAAGGGGACAUUGCAAACAUAAUUAACAGAAGUCAAAGGCAGCAACUGGAAUCCGUGAACUACUCCUCUCGCUAUGCUCUGGGCCUUUUUUAUGAAGCUGGCACACAGAUUGAUGUCCCUUGGGCAGCACAGUACAUCUCCAGUAAUCCCUGCAUACGCUUCAUCUCCAUCGAUAAUAAGAAGCGCAAUAUAGAAUCAUCAGACAUUGGGCCAUCUGUUGUUGUCCACACUAGUGUGUCCUUUGGAAUCGAACAUUUGGAAUGGGACAUAGAAAAGGUUCAGCAGUUGAUCCUCAAACACUUACGAGAUAUUAUAUCUGUUGUACCUGAACCUGCAAGCAUCAAGUGCCAGAGGUGGAGAUAUUCUCAGAUUUUCACAAGACUCUCAGAAAAGACAUUUAGGACACUUCAGUUGACACACUAUGUGAUACCAAGGCUAAUAUAUUUUGUUAACAACUGUCCUGACAAAUGAAGCUAAAAUAUUGCAAUGGUCAGUGAUGACCAAGAAUAAAAAAUGCAGUCAUAAAAUAAAUCAGAUUAAUAUGGAAUGUCUUCCUCAGAAAGAUUGUUUUUACUAUUUUUAACAAAAUUUUGGUUUAUGAAAUGGGACUGCUGAAGUUGAGGCCCAGUGGUGGAUAUGCUAUAAGAAAUACUUCAUCUGGAAGCUGGAUUUUGAGUGGGGCUGAAAAGAGUUAAAAGUUGGUAGUUACAGGAUUAAUGAUGCCAUUUGAUGUGUGAGAGUGGCUGACAAAGUUUGCACGUAAUCCCAUAUAAACAGGCAUUAAACUGGAAAAGAGUUGACAGAUAUUUCUUAAAAUAGCAUACCAUAUGUCUGCAUGUCCAUCUCCUUUUUCUGCUCAAGCCUCCUUACUCGCCAACCAAGAGAGUGUUUGGAUAACCUCUGGCCAGGGAAAGCCCCUCACUGUCCCUUCUUCCUAGAAAUAGCACAGGUGGGCGUCUGCCGUCUAACUGCAGAUUUGACAUUUAACAGCCAGUAGAUCAGUCCCGUUCUUCUACCCACACCUAUUUGUAUGGUUUCACUAGCUAUCACUAAGCUUUCCAUGAUGGCAACUCAAAAGGUUGGCUCGCUACCAGAUCUGCUUCGCUGUACAUGAAAGAAACUACAUAUGCAGUAAUGUGAGCAAGAGGCAAAGCGGCUGAGUUGAAUAAGCCUCUUAUCAGUAAAGAAUCAACGUGGGCAUGCAGAAUCGAGUAGCUUCUAUUUAGUUGUGCCUCUACACUGGUACAAGAUCAUGGGUAACUUUGGAAAACAGGGACAUAAUUUGUCCAGAUUUUUUGCAAGAUCACAAGAAAAAAAAACAGGACCCUACUCGGCAUGGAAGGUCUAUCUGAAGGUUAUGCUUUUGUAAACAUUCCUAUGGCAGAUCUGUGUGGAAAUAUGGCUGUAGACGACAGAAGAGGGGAAGGAUGCAGCCAAGAGCCAUACCACCUAUAUAUUUAGAGAUGUAGAAGAAAUAAUAAAUGACAGGGAAGGAAUGCAUGGGC